AUGAGGAACGAGAAUGCAGAUGCUGUCCAGGAGCAGCGCAUCUCCGAGCGGCGGCAGCGCAUUCAAAAGCGGCUCAAAGACAUAAACGGCGACAGCAACAUGCAGGGCAGUGGCAGUGGCGGGGGCGACAGCAACGCACCGAAGGGGCGCGGUGAGGAGUGCGCUCGCCAGGCCCGCCACGACAUGGCGAAUGUGCUUAGCUGCGCCCACAGCGCCGUGACGGGAUGGGAAGUGGCCAUCGACGCUAACGAAAACGAGCGCCGUGAGCGCGAAGAGUGUGCGCUGGACGAGCGACGCAAGCAUCGCCGCGACGAGCUGGCGGAGAAUGAGGCGCGGCAGGGCGCGAUACAGCUCACGUUCGAGUCCCUCUACAAGCUCAACGUCCCACACGAGAUGCAGUGCGCGCUGGGGGAACAGCGGCAGCAGUGCGAAGCGCUCAUUGGGGUGAAGGACCGUCUCAUCGAGGCGCUGCGCGAGCAGCUGGAGGAGCGCGAGGAGGAGUUCGUUGCUGCGCUCCGCCGCAACGCCACGGACAUCAACAGCCUCGUCGAGGAGAUGCGGGAGCAGACGGAGAAGUACCUCGACGCCUACACGCGCAAGCUGCGCGGAGUCGAAGACGCAUACGAGGAGGAGCGGAAGGAGGCCCUCACGCUCUGGGAGGAGGAGAUCCACCAACUCGUUCGACUGCGCCGCACGCGCGAGACGGAGUACCGCAAGAAACGCGAGGCGAAGAUAUUGGAGGCGCAGAAGAAGAUUGACGAGAAGCACCGUGAGAGCUGCGAGGAGUACAACGUGAUUAAGCGCGAGCACCUCCAGGAGAUUCACGGCCUUAUGGAAGAGCUCGAGCGCUGCAAGGCGGAAUUCCUCUUAAACGGUGAGCGGCUCAGCUACAACCUGCAGGUGCUGCGCGAGAGGGUGAAGGAGAACAAGAGCGCGCAGAUGCUGCACAAGCGCAAACUCGCGCGGCUGCAAGACACGCUCAGCUCACUCGUCGCACGCUACGCGGAGUCGGAGAAGCGGUACCAGCGCACCAACAAAGACCUCACCGCUCAACUGCACCGUGUUGCCGAUCAGUACCGUGACCUGCAGAAGAAGUUCCAGAAAUUCGAGAAAUCUGACAAGGAGAAGUACCGUCAGCUUUGGCGCAUGCACGAGGAGAAGAACAUACAGCUCGCGCACAAGUGCCUUCAGGCUGAUCGCGUUCUAUUCGAGGAUAUCCUCGGUGUGCCGUGGAACCCACCAGAACUGAACUACUGGCCCGCCGACGACACCGCAUCGGCGGUGGAAGAGGAGGAGGAGGAUAAUGUCAGCAGCGACGACGAAAUCGAGCUCUCGCAAGAAGCGCUCAUGCUGCUGGAGAUUCUGCACAAACAGGCCCCGUUCAUUGCGGAUGAAAAUGUGCGUGCAGCUAUUAGUGAGGUGGAGGGCACCACAGAGGAGCGGGCGGUCGUGGAAGCCAUCCUCGCCACGCUGCAGGUGCGCAAGAACGAGGAGUUGGAGGAUCUGCUGGAGUUUUUUAUGGUGGAGGGGCCGGAGGAUGCCACAGCGCUCAUCCGGCCGCAGGAUGCGGUACGGGCGCUCUCAUCCUUCCUCACGGAGCGGCAGCGGAAAUUGCAGAAGCAGGAGGAGGAGGGUCAGAAGCAGUCGGAGAAGAAGAAGAAGCAGCUGGCGAAGAUAAAGCAAGAAGAGUCCCGUCGCAAGGCGGAGAAGGAGUACUGGUCGCGCAUGGCAGAGUCGGUCCCGAAGGGCCACCAGCGAGUGUGGGGGGCGCUCGAGAAGGGCCUUGAGCGGUACAUUAGUCAACUGCAGCAGCGCAAAACCCUGAUUGAAGAGACAGACACACUGCGCGCGCAGAACGCGGAGCUGCGCGACUUGCUCGGGCAAUACUUGCAAGGCGAUGUGAACUACCAGUUGUACAUGCCGCCGCAGCUCCUGCUGCAGGCUCGCACCGCCUCCUGA